GACGGCGGCGGCCCCUCGGCUGGCGGAGGACGAUGAGGAGCGACGGAAGCGGCGCGGGGGGACGCUGCUGCGCGGCGCCGGCUUCCGUGUCCGCGGCCGAGUGCGCAGCCUGCGAGCGGGUCUAAUGUGUGUCCCCUGAUUGGCCUGGAAGCAAGAGCUAUAACAGAAGGCAUGUGUUACGUGACAUCUGACACAAAGGAGUCUGCUCACGCACUCACCUGAGAGAUCGGAGAACAGCUGCUUUGGGCGGCCAAGCAGCAGGAACGUCAGUGUGUUUUCCCCCUGCCCUCCGAAGCCAUGUGGCCCCGAGCAGAGUGGCUCCCGUCCUGCCACCGGCGGCUCUUCCGGUACCUGUCCAGCUGCCCCAAGUGUACUAGCCCAAACCCCAUGUCCUGUCAUACCAAUGGAUGCACGAGGCCCGUUUGUGUGUGUGUGUGUGUGUGUGUGUCUUAGAUGCGAUUAAAAUUCUUACAAAAACUGAAAGUGAAAUGAGGAAAUGAUUGGGCAAUCGAAUAGAAGGGCCAGUGCCAGGAAGACCUAUCAUACCGGGGGGGGCCCCGCGAUGCGGCCAGGCAGACGGAGGGAAGCUCAGGAGAGCUCUCCUGAGGGCGACCGCGGAGCCAGGCCAUGUAGUCCGUGUAGGACAUGAGCAAGCACAGCUCACAGGAAAUGAUCCAUUCCCUGCGCUCACUUACUCGAAAGGUCCAAACCUUCAAAGUUGCGGGAGUGCCAUGGAUGGUUGCACAGAAGGCCAGCAGUCACGCCUUUCUCCUUGCCUUGAGAGGGGAGAAGAAAUGAAACUGAAGGAGUGUGUCUCCAUCCUCCCCCUGAAGGAAAGCCCCUCUGUCCCAUGCUCCAAAGAUGGAACGCUGCUGACCGUGACCCUGCUACUGGCCCUGACGGCCUGCUGCCUCUCCGUGGUGUCUUUCCACAGGGCGGCUGCUUUGCAAGCGGAGCUGGGGAGCCUCCGGGCGGAGCUGCGGGAACAGCACACUGAGGCUGAGCGGCUGCCAGGCCCUCCGCAGGCCAGAGCCAGGGCCCCCAGGGCAGCCAUGCGGGAGACCCCAGCUGUCACCUCAGCUCUGAACGGAAUCUUGGCACCAUCCGCUGCAGGAGAAGGCAACUCCAGCCAAAGCAGCAGAAACAAGCGUGCCAUUCAGGGUCCGGAAGAAACAGUCACUCAGGACUGCUUGCAACUGAUUGCAGACAGUGACACACCUACUAUACGAAAAGGAGCUUACACAUUUGUUCCGUGGCUGCUCAGCUUUAAAAGGGGAAGAGCUCUGGAGGAGAAAGAAAAUAAAAUACUUGUAAAAGAAGCCGGUUACUUUUUCAUAUACAGUCAGGUUUUAUACACCGAUAACACCUUUGCCAUGGGACACCUAAUACAGAGGAAAAAAGUCCAUGUCUUUGGGGAUGAACUGAGCCUGGUGACUUUGUUCCGAUGUAUUCAAAAUAUGCCUGAAACACUACCCAAUAAUUCCUGUUAUUCAGCUGGCAUCGCAAAGCUGGAAGAAGGAGAUGAGCUCCAGCUUGCAAUACCGCGUGAGGACGCUAAAAUAUCACAAGACGGGGACGGCACGUUUUUUGGUGCAUUGAAGCUUCUGUGACCUACUUACACCUCGUUUGUGGCUGUAUCCCUUCUUUUCUCUGUACCUCUAAGGAGAAGACUCUUAACUGGAAACACCAAAAGGAAGAAAAACAGUAGUUACCGUAGCCUUCUCUGUGAGCUCUUUGUUUUGAUUCGCUGAAACUAGACCAAAACAGGAAAUUUAACAGACAACCACAGCCAAAGGGUGUCAUGUGAAUUAUGAGAAAUAGGGCCCAUUUAAGGAAAGAUAGAAGUAGGCUUCUCCCUAUAAUGCCAUGUUAAACAAUUUAGUCCUAGCUUCUUGACCUGGAGGAAGCACAGGCUGCAAAAGAGCAAGAAUCAUUUCUUCCAAAACGGCAUUUCAUCACUGCUGCACACCAACUGCCGGCGUCCACAGGACUUUAGGACAUGUGGGAACUCUCAGGUCCAUCCUCUCUCUUCGUGUGCAAUCUGCCAGUCUCUUUCAGUUAAUAUUGUAGAAAGUAAGAAAAACAAACAAAUCUUGCACUUAACACAUGAAAAAAGUAAUUAAAAGCUUACAUUUAAAUAUAUUAAGCAGUUGGACUUCAAAUUCAGGUACUAUUUAAAUUCGUCUGGUUUACUUCAAGUGUGCAGUUUUUACCUGUAAUAUUAUGUAUCACCUGAUGGAGCACCAGAUAUUUUUCAUAGGAGGGAGGUAAUUCUCUCGUGUAUCUGCACCUGAUGUAUUUUUUCGUAGCUGAUUUCAUUCACUUCAGAAAUUUUACUGUGGGGUAAUUCCAAUUAUUACGCAUACGAGCAUUAGGUGGGAAAAAAAAGCCCAGCUAUAAUUGUUCUUAUGUAAAAAUAAAAUCUCCCAAGAGAAGUUAAUGAAUACAUUUAUAACAAUGGAAUAUAUUUGCCCUUUAUUUCCUAUUCUUCUGUUUUGAACUGCUGCUAUUAUCACAGCCUUUACAACAUACUCCUGUGAUUAGCUUUACAGAAGUGGAGGUUUCAUUAAAGUUCUUGGCUUCCUUAAGGGUGAGCUGAGCUGUGUGCUCAGGAUGCGCCAGGGACAUCACCCUCAUUUCAGUCUAAUAGACAAUCAUAUUUGCAAAUGCUGUCAUAACUGUCCUUAGAACAUCAGUUUCCCUAUUCUGCUUGUCUUUUUUUGUUGUUGUUAAAUGUCAUCGGUUUAAGGAGUUUACUCCAUUAAACAAUUUCCUUCUCUAGUUGAAGCAGUAGAUGGAAAACAAUAGACCUGGCUCUACACUCAUUUUCUCCAGUCUACAUUAAAAUGUUUUUAAGAAUAUGCUUUUCACAACAGAACAAAAAACGAUUUGUACUUUGUGUCUAAGAUUAAACUUUGUUUAAAACUCUGAUUAGUACAAUUUUGGCUUUUUUGGUUAAAAUCAAAUAUAUUUUGCAACUUACUUUGUUUUACAAUAUUAUAAUCUGAAUGCAGGACGUAGGUGGAGCAGGAGUCCUGAUCCGGGGGGUGAGUCAUUUUCCUAGUGUUGCUGCUAAGUUGAAUCGCCAAAUAAAAAACUUCAAUUUCUU